GUUAGUUGAUGUUUGUCUUCGCGCCAAGUUGUCGUUCCCUUGGAUUGUUUUGACGACACUUUGGACAAAUUAACCCCCAGUUGGUUGCAUUCGGUAGUCAGGGUGCUCUAGCGAGCGCGCUCGAGCCUCUGGUCACCUUGAAACUUGAAAAAUGAAGGCUAUACUGAAGUAUAUAGAAGUAGAAAAUUUUAAGUCCUAUCGCGGUUUCUACCAUGUCGGACCUCUCAAGCCCUUUACGGCCGUCAUCGGCCCAAAUGGAUCAGGAAAGUCAAAUUUCAUGGAUGCCAUCUCCUUCGUCAUGGGCGAGAAGACCUCAAGUUUACGAGUCAAACGACUCAGCGAUCUCAUCCAUGGCGCCUCCAUUGGCCAGCCAAUCUCUCGUUCAGCUCAUGUAACAGCAGUCUUUGAGAUGGAAGAUGGCAAGGAGAAGCGGUUUACUCGUUUGGUUCAGGGGUCUUCGUCUGACCAUAAAAUCAAUGGCGAGGUUGUGAGCAGCCAGACAUAUAUGAAGGAGCUGGAGGCUCUCGGGAUCAAUGUCAAGGGCAAGAACUUCUUGGUGUUCCAAGGGGCAGUUGAGUCCAUAGCCAUGAAGAACCCUAAAGAAAGAACAGCGCUCUUUGAAGAAAUUAGUGGUUCUGGAGCAGUGAAGGAGGAAUAUGACCGUCUGAAGGCAGAGAUGCUGAAGGCUGAGGAGGAUACACAGUUCACAUACCAAAAGAAGAAAGGCAUUGCAGCGGAACGAAAAGAAGCCAAACAGGAGAAGGAAGAAGCGGAGAGAUACCAAAGACUGAAGGAUGAGUUGGGAGAAAAACAGAUGGAAAUGCAGCUUUUUCGGCUGUACCACAAUGAAAAAGAGAUUGCCGAGUUUGAAAAGGAAGCGCGAAGAAAACAAGGAGAUCUUGAAAAAGUGGAGAAGAAGAAGGAAAAGGCAGAGGAAGUGCUCAAGGAGAAGAAAAAAGAUCACACGCGAAUAUCUAGAGAAAUGGCCAAAAUGGAGCAGGAUAUCAGAGAGUUGGAAACGGACGUGAACAAGAAGCGGCCAACAUUCAUUAAAGCCAAGGAAAGAGUAACACACAUGCAGAAGAAGGCUGACUCUGCACGCAAGUCCCUUGCACAAGCCAUCAAGGCACACAACGCACAUAUGGAUGAUAUCAGAGAGCUGGAAAGUGAAUUGCAGGAGGUGGAGAAGAAAAGAGCAGAGUUUGAAGAUCAAGUUUCACAGGAUUCUGAGAGUCAGGGUAAAAGUGUCCAGUUAGAAGAAGUACAAGUCAAAGAGUAUCACAAGUUGAAAAAUGCUGCAGCCAGGAAGUCUGCCCAGUACCUGCAAGAAUUGGACUCUAUUAAUCGUGAGCAGAAGUCUGAUCAGGAUCGCCUUGAUAAUGCCCAGCGCCGCACUGCUGAGAUAGAGAACCGACUUCGGCAAAAGGGCCACGAGUUGGAAGAGGCUCAGAAAAGGGUAGAAAAGUUGAUGGACCAUAUCCGACAGUCUGAGACAUCGCUAGAGGAUCAGAAGCGGCUAAGACAGGAACUGGUAUCUGACGUAGGAUAUAGCAAGGAACGAAUCACACAGCUUCAAGAACAACUGGAGAAUGUGACAGAACAGCUGGGCGAUGCUCGAGUUGAUAAACAUGAAGACUCGCGAAGGAAGAAAAAACAGGAAAUUGUGGAGAACUUCAAGCAGCUGUACUCUGGAGUAUAUGACCGCAUGAUCAACAUGUGUCAGCCUAUCCACAAGAGAUACAAUGUUGCUAUCACAAAGGUCCUUGGCAAGUAUAUGGAAGCCAUUGUUGUUGACACUGAGAAGACUGCCCGGCAGUGUGUUCAGUACCUCAAGGACCAGAUGCUUGAUCCUGAAACAUUCCUUCCCUUAGAUUAUAUCCAAGCCAAACCUCUCAAGGAGAGGCUUAGAAACAUUAAGGAUCCAAGAAAUGUCAAGCUUCUGUAUGAUGUUUUGCAGUAUGAUCCGCCCGAGAUCAAACGGGCAGUGUUGUUUGCCACAAAUAAUGCACUAGUUUGUGAGACUCCCGAGGAUGCCUCAAAGGUGGCAUAUGAGAUGGAGGAUGGGCACAGAUACGAUGCUGUGGCUUUGGAUGGUACAUUUUUCUCUAAGUCUGGCAUCAUCUCUGGAGGUAGUUUGGAUCUGGCGAGAAAAGCUAAGAGAUGGGACGAAAAGCAUCUAUCCAACCUAAAAUCAUCGAAGGAGAAGUUGUCAGAAGAACUACGAGAAGCCAUGAAGAAGUCGCGUAAGGAAUCUGAGCUCAACACAGUGGAGUCUCAGGUUCGUGGCAUUGAAACUCGACUUAAGUACUCGAAGACUGACAAGGAAACUACAGAAAAACAGAUUGCCCAGUUGCAGAAAGAACUGGAUAAAUUAAAGGCUGAACUGAAUACAUUUGAACCACAGCUUCAUGACAUAGAAAAAACUAUGUCAGAGCGUGAGGCUCUCAUGAGUGAUGUAAAGGAGAAGAUGAACACUGUAGAAGAUGUUGUUUUCUCUGACUUCUGCAAAUCUAUUGGGGUGACCAAUAUUCGUCAGUAUGAAGAGCGGGAGUUGCAGGCCCAGACCGACCGUGCUAAUCGUCGUUUAGAAUUUGAAAAGCAGAAAAAUCGAAUUUUAAACCAGUUGGAGUUUGAAAAAUCACGAGACACGCAAAGUAAUGUGGCAAGAUGGGAACGUGCUGUUCAAGAUGACGAGGAUGCUCUAGAACAAGCCAAACAGGCAGAACAAAAACAGAUGGGGGAAAUUGACAAGUCUAUGAGAGAUCUGGAAAAGAAACGUUCUGAGAAAUUGGCAAAGAAAUCGGAAUGUGACGAGAUGGAUGACGAUAUUGGCAAGGCGCGCCGAGAAGUGGGAGCUAUUGCCAAAGACAUCCAGAGUAUACAAAAGCAAAUAAAUUCAACUGAACACAAGAUGGAACAGAAGAAAGGAGAAAGACACUCAAUUUUAAAACAGUGCAAGAUGGAUGACAUCUUAGUGCCUAUGACUCGUGGCAACAUGGAAGACAUUGAAAAUGAAGGUCGGGAAGCAGGAGAGUCCACCUUGGAGUACUCCUCUGGGGUCAAUACUCAGGUGAUGUACGAGAAAGAAGCACGUAUUGUAUUGGACUAUUCCUCCCUGUCAGACACCCAGAAGGAGCUGGAUGAUAUUGAUGAUGUUCAUAAAGCUGAGAAGCGUAUGCAAAAACAUAUUAAUGAGCUCAUCAACACCAUACAACGUAUUCAGGCACCCAAUAUGAAAGCAAUGCAGAAGCUUGACCUGGCUAGAGAGAAGCUUCAGGAGACAAAUUCUGAGUUUGACAGUGCCCGCAAGCGUGCCAAGAAGGCCAAGCAGGCAUUUGAGAGAGCUAAGAAGGAUCGUUAUGACCGUUUCAUGGCAUUCUUUGAACAUGUGUCAAAUGAGAUUGAUGGCAUUUAUAAGGCACUUGCCAAAAAUCCAUCUGCUCAAGCUUUCUUGGGACCAGAGAAUCCCGAAGAGCCGUAUUUAGAUGGCAUAAAUUACAACUGCGUUGCACCUGGCAAGAGAUUCCAGCCGAUGUCCAACUUGUCUGGCGGAGAGAAGACCAUUGCUGCGUUGGCACUGCUCUUUGGCAUUCACAGCUAUCAGCCUGCUCCAUUCUUCGUUCUGGAUGAGAUUGAUGCGGCCUUGGACAACACCAACAUUGGCAAGGUGGCAUCCUAUAUUGUGGAGAUGAAGGCUCACUUGCAGACUAUUGUCAUCUCACUUAAAGAAGAGUUUUACCAAAAUGCUGAUGCUCUUGUUGGAAUUUGUCCAGAUCCUGGUGAGUGUUUGAUCAGUAAGGUGUUGACGCUGGACUUGGACAGCUAUCCAGUUCAACGUAACGAAGAUCACAGCGGACCCUUUGCUACUCGAAGCGAAAUGACAGGCAGGAUGACCAGGCACAAAACAGCCAGGUGGUCGGCGCAACCGUAAACCCCCAAUCAUCAACCAAUCAGCUAUGAGGUCUACUUGAACCUAUUGGGAAUGGCUAUCCAUCACAAGUCUUCUGCUGCUCUUAGACAUCAACAGACUGUCUGCACACUAAAGUUGUUUUGUCCAGCUGUUAGAGGUCGACCCACGUACAAGUUGCUGGCAAUUAUCUACAGUUUUGUCCAGCUGUUAGAGGCCAACCCACGUACAAGUUGCUGGCUACUAUCUACAGUUCACAACUUUGUUUCUGCUGGUCACUGAUCACUUAUAUAUAUAUGUAUAUAUAAUCAAUGUCAUACCUAAUAGGCAGAACUGCACUAUUUGCCCUGGUAUGUAAGGUCCAAUUUACCUAACAGACAGAGAGAUUUUAGUUAUUUUGAAAUAUUUCUUUUCAAAUUGGUUUAUUCCAAUUAUUAUUAUUAUACAAUAUAUUAAGAACGUGAAUUAGUGACUUAGUAAUGUUAGGUUAGGUUAGGUAGGUUAGUUUAGGUUUGAUCAAGAUUCUUUGUUAAUAUUAACUCGCGGUAAAUUUUGUUAAUUAUAUAUAGUAUAAUGGAAAGCUUUAUCAUUACAUAAUAAUAUAUAUAAUUUCAGGAAAACUCAAUUUGUUAGCCAACUUGGCCUAUU